UUUCAGGCUGAUGGCCCUACCCGGGUCGGAGGACUUCGAAGACGACGGAGAGGAGGAGAAGCCCGAAAGCACCUUGAACGUUUCUGCGUCUACCGAGAGCUCACCUAAGAUACGCUGGAAAGAGGACAGUGAACUCGUUGCCAUGGUCGUAUUCGAGAAGAACGAGCCCUUGUGGGAUACCGUCGCGGCUAUAGCGAAUGCUCGAGGGAAGCAUGUCAAGUAUGUUGAGCAUCUCGGGCAUACCUCUAAGUUCAUGGAACAGAGGAAGAAGGAGGCAGCCAUGGGUGGAUCUCAUCUCGGUAGUGAAGAAAAAGAAUCUCGCGAUGAUAACGGUGGUGGUGGCGGCGGCGAUGAGGUCUCGGAGACUGUCAAGUUCGUCUAUGAAAAUUUGCCAUUUAUUGCAAUUCCGUUGGAGUGUAUGAUCGACGGAAAGCGACUUGAGACGAAGAGUUACGAACGCCAAGACCUCGCAGAUCUACAUGGAAUUCGUUCGGAAGAAUUGUACCAAGACGCCCGGGUGCCGCAUUCCCCUGCGGAGCCUCCCGACAUGAACACGACAGUUUUGCUCAAUGGUGUUGGUGAAGACACACUAGAAAUUCCACUGUUGAGAUCUACGACCACCCGCCCGAGGAGUCCAUCAGCAGGGCCAACAGCAAAUUCCCCUCCUACUCCUGCGACCACGACAGGAUCAUCUUUUGUCGAAGGUUAUAACAACUCUGCGAUGGUAUACGCCCCAUAUUAUGGCUCGGUCGGUUACUCCCAGAAUGCACUUCAAACUGACCACCUGCAAAUGGCAUAUCUUCAAGCGGACGAUAGAUACAUUCCAUAAUAUUGUUCGAAAGUCAAGACUCACAUUGACAAAUAUCCAAAAUAUCCCACUUGUUUGUUUGCGCCACAGCUUGUAAAUCUACGACGAUGACAAUGUAAAGUUGAUUACAACAACAACAAGCAC